AUGGAUAAGAAGAUAUCUUUAGCCGGAUUGUAUUCGGCAUAUAAACGAUGGGUUAUAAACAAUCCAGGAGCCGCUACCGAUGUAGAAACUGUCGCUACAUGGUCUUCAUACUUUGUUGCUGGAAAAAUAAAUAAAUCUCCUAUUGUCUCUGAACUUGUUUAUUCAUUAUCGAAGUUACUGUCAUUGUUCAAUGACCGUUUAAUAAAAGAAGCUUACGGAAGUGAAAUACUCCACUAUAGUUUACAGGAACAAAUUAAAUUAUGGCUGACAAUCAUUCACUACUGUGAGGUCUUUGUAGAAUUAGUUGUAAAGAAUAGAUGGGGUACACGAGGAAAAUGGACUAUAGCAACUAUUCUACAAUUAUUUAAAUGUUCUUCAGCUCUUGUUUUGCUGUAUAAAUAUAAUGACAUGCCAAUACAUCAUCCUCCUAUACCUGUCUUGCAGAGAAAAAAAAUAACAGAGGCAAAAGGUAUCGAUGACAAUUUAAAUACCUUCUUUACCUUAAAACGGUCUGGUAGAGUAGUACGUUGUGUAGAUGGAGCACCACCAAUUGCUUUACGUGACUGGCAACCAGUGAAAAUCAAAGAUGACAUGACCUCACAUAAUCCAAAGGUUCAAGAAUUAAUUCAAGCUGAAUUAAUACAUAUUUUGAAACCAAUAGUACAUCUUGCUGCUAUGAAAGUUUUUGGCACCAAGUCAUGGAAACAAUGGCUUAUAGCCCUGGGGAUGGAUGUAGCAAGUUUCAAAAUGUAUAAUCGACAUAUGAAUGAUUUGUCAUAUGAACAAAGACUAGAAAUAAGUCGUCGUAAGUUAGGGUUAGUUCUUUAUUUGUUACGUAGCCCUAUGUACAAAGGUUAUUCAAAGAAAGUGAUAGAGGGAGUACUGCAGAGUGCUGCAAAUUCAAUACCGCUCAUGUCAUUUGUUAGUGGUCCAGUUAUUCAAUAUUUAAGUCAUUGGCAAGACAUUUAUUUUUAUAUGUGGGCUUCAUAG